GCGCCCGGCCCUCGGCGCCCUCCGGAGCCCCGGUUUCUGCAAACGCCCCAGUCCGUGUGUGGAAAACCUACUGAAGUCUGUUUUUAAAUAAAAACUUUUUCUAAGUUUUCGUUUGGGGAUUUUUGCUUUGUUUGGGUGCAGUUUGCAGUACUCUCUACCUCCUCGCCUCCUUUUUUUCCUUCUGGCGUAUUAUCCGCGGGGCGUACCUGGGAUGAGCGUUUCCUCGUUUCCAGAAGAACUGUGAGAAGCCACGUCGGAAUAGUGCUCAAGAUGGACAAAAAGUCCUUUGAGACGGUGCUGGAUGAGAUUCGGAAGGCUGUUUUGACAGAAUAUAAAUUAAAAGCAAUUGAAUAUGUUCAUGGGUACUUCUCCAGUGAACAGGUGGUGGACCUCCUAAGGUACUUCUCCUGGGCAGAACCACAGCUGAAGGCCAUGAAAGCCCUACAGCAUAAAAUGGUGGCCGUCCACCCAGCAGAAGUGGUCAGCAUCCUCAGCUGUUUUACCUUCAGUAAAGACAAGCUGGCUGCUCUGGAGCUCUUGGCCUCAAACAUUGUGGAUGCACAGAAUUCUCGUCCCAUUGAAGAUUUAUUCAGGAUCAACAUGUCAGAGAAGAAACGGUGUAAAAGAGUCCUGGAGCAGGCUUUCAAAGCAGGCUGCAAAGCCCCUCAUGCCAUGAUAUCUUCAUGUGGAACCAUCCCAGGAAACCCCUAUCCCAAAGGAAAACCCAGCCGCAUCAAUGGGAUUUUCCCUGGCACACCUCUGAAAAAGGAUGGUGAAGAAAAUACCAAUGAAGGCAAAGGAAUAGCAGCACGAAUUCUUGGACCAUCCAAGCCGCCUCCCUCAACAUACAAUCCACACAAACCUGUCCCCUACCCAAUACCUCCAUGCCGGCCACAUGCAACUAUUGCACCAAGUGCUUAUAACAAUGCGGGUCUGGUACCUUUAGCCAGUGUGAUAGCUCCAGGCGUCCCUCCUCCACCUCCAUACACUCCGAACCCAGUAGGAACAGACAAUGAAGACCUCUCCAGUCAGUCAAAACCUACACAGAGUCAAACGUUUUCCACCCCAGCAGGCCAACUCUUCUCCCCUCAUGGUUCUAAUCCUUCAACUCCUGCUGCGACUCCUGUCCCCGCUGUGUCCCCAGUCAAGGCAGCAAACCAUCCAUCCGCGUCAGCAGCUGCCACUGGGGCGGGAAUGAAUGCUCCCAACACUGCCCUAUCGGUUUUCACAACGCCUCAGCCAUCUACAGCGAACCCGACUGUGAUCCGGACUCCCUCGGUGCCCGUGACACCUGUUACUUCCGCCCACAGCACCACACCUGCUCCCGUCCCUUCCAUUUUUUCUGGCCUAGUGCCACUGCCAGGUCCCUCUGCCACCCCCACCCCAUCUCCUCAGGCCAGCUCGACAGCAAGGGCCACGCUGACUUCCAGUGAGACCUUUACUUCCACGUGUGCCCCGUUCACCAGCCACUCCUCAGCCAGCUCCACCACCGGGUCAGCCAGUAACCCAAGCACGGCUUCCCUGUCAUCGGUCUUUACUGGCCUGCCUCUGCCCUUCCCACCAGCAUCCCACGGCAUAGCCACCCCAGCUCCUUCUGUAAUCGCUAGUGCCGGGGGUCCUCAUGGUGUAAACAGCCCUCUUCUGUCUGCCUUAAAGGGCUUUCUCACGACUAGCGACACACACUUAAUCAACUCAUCUGCCUUGUCAUCUGCGGUCACAACUGGGCUGGCUUCAUUAUCCUCACUUCCCAAUCAAAACUCGGAUUCCCCUGCUUCAGCCACUAACAAGUGCUAUGCCCCUGCUGCUCUUGCUGCCUCACAGAGGUCUUCUACCCCAGGGAUGGCCAUGUUCCCAGGCCUGCAGUCCCCUGUGGCCAGCGCCACCUCCUCAGCCCCAGUGCUGCCUGCGCAGUCUCCGCUGGCUACCCCCUCCUCCACAGCAAUGCCAGUCAGCUGUGGCUCCUCAGGUUCGCUUUUGCAUGGUACCCAUGCAGGUAGCAUUUCAUCCGCCCCUGCCACAGCAACUGUGCCCGUUAUGAUCAAAAGUGAGCCCACGAGCCCCCCUCCUUCGGCCUUCAAAGGCCCAGCUCAUCCAGGCACUCCUGCUCGCGGUACCUUGGGCCUAUCAGGUGCUCUGGGCCGUGGAUACCCUACAACCUCAGUGCCCAUCAGUGUGUCCACUUGCCUUAACCCUGCACUGUCCGGGCUUUCCAGCCUGAGCAAUCCCCUGGCUGGUUCUAUGUCCCUCCCACCACAUGCGUCCUCCACGCCCAUUGCUCCUGUGUUCACAGCCCUUCCUCCUUUCACUUCGUUGACCAACAGUUUCCCUAUUCCGGGUAGUCCCUCCCUCAAUCCUGCUGUGUCGCUCUCAGGGCCCUCUACCACCACAUCUGCAACUGCACACCCCGGCUCCGCGCCGGUGCGCCCAGUGCUGCCCACCUCCAAUGCCUCGCCUGCAGCCUUCCCACUCAACCUGUCCACUGCCGUGCCCUCCCUCUUCGCAGUCACCCAGGGCCCUCUGCCCGCCUCUAACCCUUCCUACCCCGGCUUCCCUGUCUCCAGUGCCCCAAGUGGUGCCCCGGCACUGGCCUCAUUCCCAGGGCUGCAGGCGCCAUCCACAGUAGCAGUCACCCCACUGCCGGUGGCUGCCUCGGCCCCAUCACCUGCGCCUGUUCUCCCUGGGUUUGCCUCGGCCUUCAGUUCCAACUUCAACUCCGCCCUGGUGGCACAAGCAGGUUUGUCAUCUGGACUCCAGGCUGCCGGUAGCUCUGUUUUCCCAGGCCUUCUUUCCCUCCCAGGUAUCCCUGGGUUUUCCCAGACUCCUCCCCAGUCGUCUCUGCAAGAGUUACAGCACAGCGCAGCUGCGCAGUCGGCUUUAUUACAGCAGGUCCAUUCGGCAUCUGCUUUGGAGAGUUACCCAGCCCAGCCAGAUGGCUUCCCUAGCUAUCCUUCCACGCCUGGAACACCAUUCUCUUUGCAACCAGGUCUAUCCCAAGGCAUCAACAAGAACCGGCUUGGUGUGUGUGGCUGGAUUCUGUUUUCCCUUUCCUUGCUGUUGAUGCUCAUUACCUUCCCCAUCUCCAUAUGGAUGUGCUUGAAGAUCAUUAAGGAGUAUGAACGUGCUGUUGUCUUCCGACUGGGACGCAUCCAAGCUGAUAAAGCCAAGGGACCAGGUUUGAUCCUGGUCCUGCCCUGCAUUGAUGUGUUUGUCAAAGUUGAUCUCCGAACAGUUACUUGCAACAUUCCUCCACAAGAGAUCCUCACAAGAGACUCUGUGACCACCCAAGUGGAUGGAGUCGUCUAUUACAGAAUCUACAGCGCUGUCUCAGCAGUGGCCAAUGUAAAUGAUGUUCACCAAGCCACAUUUCUGCUGGCUCAGACCACUCUGAGAAAUGUCUUAGGGACACAGACCUUGUCCCAGAUCUUAUCUGGGAGAGAAGAGAUUGCCCAUAGCAUCCAGACCUUGCUUGACGAUGCCACUGAGCUAUGGGGGAUCCGUGUGGCCAGGGUGGAAAUUAAAGAUGUCCGGAUUCCUGUGCAGCUGCAGAGGUCCAUGGCGGCUGAGGCUGAGGCCACCAGGGAAGCCAGAGCCAGGGUCCUUGCAGCCGAGGGAGAAAUGAAUGCUUCUAAGUCCCUGAAGUCAGCUUCUAUGGUGCUGGCCGAGUCCCCCAUUGCCCUCCAGCUUCGUUACCUACAGACCUUGACCACUGUGGCCACUGAGAAGAAUUCCACCAUUGUGUUUCCCCUGCCUAUGAACAUACUUGAGGGCAUUGGUGGCAUCAGCUAUGACAACAAUAAGAAGGUCAAUGUUAAAGCUUGAGGUCUUCCAAGUCACUGCUUACUGCUUAGAAAGGCCUUUCUGUACCAUGAGAAGUCAGCCAUUAGGAAA